AUGAUCUCUAGCCAGUACAAGGACAAGCUCAAUGAGCUCGAGUCAUGGAUGGCCUCGCCUCGUUUCAACAGCAUCUACAGGCCCUACAACGCAGAACAAGUCUUUGCCGCCCGCAAUUCACCGUCUGUACCCUCGCUCAAUGUCUCCUUUGCCAAUACCCAAGCCAAAAAGUUGUAUGGCUUGCUUCGAGAGCACCAGAAGCAAGGGACACCCUGCCAUACGCUGGGAGCCAUUGACCCAAUUCAAAUGACACAAUACGCGCGGCAUUUGGAAGUCUGCUAUGUCUCGGGCUGGGCGGCCUCUUCUACCCUAACACCCACCAACGAUGUCGGUCCAGAUCUCGCUGACUACCCCUAUGAGACUGUUCCCAACUGCGUCGACCGUAUUACACGGGCACAACUGCUGCAUGAUAAAAAGACAUGGGCCGAGCACUGCAAGACGGGCGGUAAGUCGGAGUUUGUGGAUUACCUGCGGCCCGUCAUUGCGGACGCUGAUACAGGGCAUGGUGGCUUGUCGACUGUCAUGAAGCAGGCCAAGUUGUUUGUUGAGGCGGGCGUGUCUGGUAUUCACAUUGAGGAUCAGUUGCAUGGCGGCAAGAAGUGUGGUCACCAGGGCGGCAAGAUUGUCGUACCAACGGGUGAGGAAGUGGCUCGCUUGAUUGCUGCACGGCUGCAAUUCGACUUGAUGGGUACAGAGACAGUCUUGAUUGCACGAACAGACUCAGAGUCGAGUAAACUCAUCUCCUCUUCUGUUGAUGGACGCGACCAGGAGUUCAUUCUUGGUGUGACAGACACCAAUGUCAUGCCCCUUGCUGAACACAUUGCCGCUGCUGAACGAUCACGCUCUGGCGCAGCCGUUAUUGACGCAGCAGAGAAGGAGUGGACAACCAAAAACAAGCUUGUGACCUUCAGCAAAGCGGCCGCAGAACAACUGGCUGCAGAGGGUAUCACCAAGGAUCAAAUUGACAGUACGGUCAAGGCACUCACUGGGCUGAGCAACUACGAGGCGCGGCAAUACAUUCGCGAGCAUUUCAGCAAGGAAAUCAGUUGGAACUGCGAUAUUGCUCGAACGCGUGAGGGAUUCUACAAUUUCGCAGGCGGCAUUGAUGCUGCCGUGAAACGUGCGAUUGAGUUUGCACCGUAUGCGGAUAUGCUGUGGCUCGAGACCAAGACGCCUGAUUUGGCAUAUGCGCGUGAGUUUGCGCAGCGCAUCAAGGCAGUGCACCCAGACAAGAUGCUUGUUUACAAUUUGUCGCCUUCGUUCAACUGGUCUGCACAAGGCUUUACGGAUGAGAAGCUCAAGUCCUUCAUUUGGGACAUGGCCAAGGAAGGCUUCGUCCUGCAGCUUGUGUCUCUGGCGGGUUUGCAUUCGGCUGGUCUCAUUGCACACCAGCUUGCUACAGCAUACAAGACGGAUGGUAUGCUUGCUUACACCAACUUGAUUCAGAAGGUAGAGAAGGCAUCGGGUGCUGAUAUGCUCAAGCACCAGAAGUGGUCCGGUGCCGAGCUGGUGGAUGACUUGCUGAGCAUUGUACAGGCUGGCAACAGUGGAGCCAAGGCGAUGGGUGGAGAUUCGACGGAGAACCAGUUCUCGUAGUGUACGUCUCUGGCUCUGUACGAAUGCUCAACCUGAUACAGUAGAUACUAUCAAACAGUAACUAUUUGACUAAAUUGACUUGUUCCCUGUGCUGCCGACCAAAA